GUGCAGGGGAAAGGCACUCAGGGUGAGCGUGGAACCAUGAGCAUUUUUAAUAAGGCAGUUGCGAGAAUGGUAUCCAACCAACCAGGAGCCUCCUGCAGGGGAUUGGUGUGGACUGCCCUUCUAAUCAAACGUACGAUAAUAACGAUGGUUUCAGCUACGUAGUAUAUAGAGGUUGAUUACUGUUGCUUUGCAGCUCGUUCAAUCAUCCUCCCUUCCUUUCUUCUGCUUUUUAGCAGGCAGUACUGACUUUUGCUGCCCACUUGUUUAUCUAUCUGCCCUACAACGUUUGACGAUAGUCGACGAACAUUGUCAUCUAUUGCUUUUUAGACCAUCACAACCAUGACCCGAACCGCUACCACCAACGGGACCCUCCCAACUCCUGUCCAAGAUCCCGAGCUCGGCUCUUUCCUUCUUCGCCUUCGCAAGAAGAACACCGACACCAGCUCGCACAAGCUUACCGUAGACUCAUAUUAUCAGUACUGGGACUCUGAUCGCAAGUCCCUUGAAAACACUGAAAACUCGGUUGCGGAGCGGCGGUCGAACUCGGAUAAACUUACAAAUCACUUUUACGAUUUGGUGACGGACUUUUACGAAUAUGGUUGGGGAACGUCCUUCCACUUUGCCCGUAUGUUCCGUGAGUCGAGUUUCAAACAAUGCAUCUCUCAGCAUGAGCACUACCUCGCGUUGAAACUGGGUCUGAAGCCCGGAAUGGAGUGUGUGGAUGUCGGCUGUGGUGUUGGUGGUCCUUUGCGAGAGAUUGCAAAGUUCAGCGGCGCAUAUGUAACUGGUCUCAACAACAAUGCGUAUCAAGUCGAGCGUUGCAGGCAUUUGGCAAAGGAGGCUGGCCUAUCUAGCCUCUGCAAAGCCGUAAAGGGAGAUUUCCAAAACAUGCCCUUCCCAUCAAACUCUCUUGAUGCUGCAUAUGCUAUUGAAGCCUGCUGCCACGCAUCUCGCCUUGAGAACGUGUACGGCGAGGUCUUCCGUGUGCUUAAGCCUGGUGGCAUGUUUGCCUGCUACGAAUGGCUAACAACCGACCGCUAUGAUGAAACCAACCCAGCACAGAAAAAGAUUAUCCACGAUGUAGAGGAGGGUAACUCAAUUUCCAAGCUGUACACUGUCCCCCAAUGCCUAACGGUAUUGAAGACCUUGGGCUUUGAGAUCAUAGAGUACUGCGAUUUGGCCUCUUCUGAGGCACCUCUCCAAGAGGCACAAGAUCCCUGGUACCUUCCCCUACAAGGAAGCUACUCUUUGAACCUGGAACAGCUGCACCGCUGGAGAAUGACUCCACUUGGUCGAUGGAUGACUGACAAAAUGGUGCUGACUCUGGAGACCCUUCGCAUGGCACCCUCGGGAACGCGCAAGGUGUCUUCCCUGCUCAACCUUGCUGCGGAUGCUCUCGUCAAGGCUGGUCAGCAGGAGAUAUUUACUCCCAUGUUUUUCUUUCUCGUUCGGAAGCCAGAAACCCCUGUAGCCGCACCGGCUGCAGCAGCCUUCUCUCGCGCUGACACUGUCGGACAUUAAACCCUCGGGCCUGACUGAUGAUCGGCCAGGAUGACUGGAUAGUAGACUGUAUUUGAAAGGAAUGGAACGGUGAUGAUGAAUCUUGUACUUUGAAGUGGUGGUGGUAAACGUAAUAAAUAGCAAGAAGAAUGGAAAUACAUUAUAUAACUUUCUAUUUACCUGAG